AUGAACGUCGAGGAGCCGCCGUUGCCGCACUACCUGAAGACGGUGCAGGGGGAUCUGAUGAGCCCGUCGAUGCGCGCCAACCUUGUUAUCUGGAUGGACGAGUUUACUCAGUCCUACGGCCUGGCCCCCGGCACGCUUCACCGUGCCGUCUCCUACGUCGACCGCGUCCUGUCGGAAAAAACCUUGCCUACGGCUCACAUGGAGUAUGAGCUCCGUCUCCUGGGAGCCACGGCCGCCUUCACCGCCGCCAAAUAUGAGGAACGGGACACCAUAUUCAAGGUGAACGCCGCGCAAAUUGCCGGCGACUGUGGGUUCGCCAACGGCAGGGAGGUGAUCGACAUGGAGUGCAAGAUGUUGGCGGCGCUCAGGUACGAGCUCAGCGCACCAACGGCCUACACCUUUGUGGACCACUUCACCAGGUACAGUAAUGGAGAGAGCGACCUGGAGGUUCAGAAGUUGGCGCAUCAGCUCGCCGAACAAUCGCUGGUGGACUACAGAUGUCUGCGGCUCAUGCCAUCGGCCGUGGCGGCGUCGGCGGUCUUUCUCGCCAGGCUGAUCUUGAACCCAAUGGCGAGCCAGGUUCGAAAGUGGAACAGGGAAUUCACGGAGCUGACAGGGUACAAGCCCACGGACCUCAUCCUUGGCAUUGAGUCGCUGUACAUGAUGAAUCCCGAUCCUCGCUUUGCGGUCUUGUCAGCUUUUUUGCAAGACGAACAAGAAUUGUAA